CUGGGUAAGAGUAAGGAUUUGGACGAGUUGGACUAAGACAAGCUAAGGCUCAUUGAUACACGUGGGGAGGGAAGUCUGGCAAGUGUGGUCUGAUCCAACAGACAGGCUCCUGUAGCUCAAAUUGCUUAAUAAGUUAAUGCUGAUCAGGACUAUUUCUGCAGCAAAAGGCGACCAACACAACACAAUAGUAGGCAGUUGGUCAUAAUGUUAUGCCUGAUCGGUGUAUAUUGUAUAUGCUGUGUAUUCCAGGCCACUAGGUGCACCAAAGCGUUUGUUAGACUUCGUUAUAUCUAGACGAAGAAGAAGCAGUGCAGCGUCUGACCUGCUGGAUGAGGAUGAACUAGACUUGUGUCGCAGCAAUUUAUUUGUUUACUUUUGGUAAAUAUUUAUUUAGUCGUGUUACAAAAAAAAGUUCCCCACUCUUAUAGACCCAGAUAUCCGCCAUGUUUGGCUAACUAGCUAGCUAACAAGUCUUAUUUUCAGUCAGGGGAUUUUAGGGAUUUCUUGGUGAACAGUCUGAGUCUGGGUUUUGUUUACUAAUGGACUGAGAAGAGGUUAUGUUGAGAUUGUCCACUGUGUCUAGUCUUUUACGCAGAACUCUGUGUGUCCGUUCUGAGGAAAUGAGUAAGAAAGGUAGUUUUUUUUACGCCGUGAGGAAAGGACACAGGCCUGGUGUGUACAAAUCAUGGGACGAGUGCAAGUUUCAAGUGGACAGAUUCCCUGCUGCUCGCUAUAAAAAGUUUGCUAGUGAAGAUGAAGCCUGGGAUUUUGUAAGAAAUGAGACAACGUCCACAGAGAAGUCUGAAGCCACUUUGCCUAGUACAAGUGUUCCUGUUGGCUCUAAGAGGUCCAUUGAAGAUGAUGAGGGUGAUGUUGGGGCGAGCAAAAAACGAGCAAAACAUGAGCCUUCUGUCGAUGAUGAGACUAAAGGACUCACUUGCAUGGGAGAUGCAGUGGUGGUGUACACAGAUGGCUGUUGUACGAACAAUGGGAGACAUGGAGCUCGUGCAGGAAUCGGAGUGUACUGGGGCCCGGAUCACCCUCUUAACGUUGCAGAGAGGUUAUCAGGGAGACAAACCAACCAACGAGCUGAACUACAGGCAGCCUGCAGGGCAUUGGAACAAGCCAGAGAUAUGGACAUCAAAAAGCUGGUGCUCUACACAGACAGCAAGUUCACGAUUAACGGGAUUACCAGCUGGGUAAAGAACUGGAAAACCAAUGGCUGGAAACUCAGAACAGGUGGUGAGGUGGUCAAUAAAGAGGACUUCCAGCAGCUUGAUGAACUCAAUGAAGAGCUUGAUGUUAAAUGGAUGCAUGUCCCAGGUCAUGCUGGUUUUUUGGGAAACGAGGAGGCAGACAGACUCUCCAGAGAAGGAGCAUCAAAACCUUAUUAGUAGUUGGCUUUAGUUAAUGAAGACUGCUGCUGCUGUUAAGCGCAUGAGCUCAGGUUAAUAAUGGUGUUCAUGUGUUUUGUCAUUGUGUAAAGUCCCUUUUCUUUGACAUUUUUCAUAUUUUCUUUUCCUUUUUGAAAUUUUUUUCAAAUGUCAUCAUCGCAAACCUUACAUGCUUCUUAAAGGAGUUAAAUGUUUUUUUGUGGAUACGUUAGCUGUAAUUAAUGGUCUUUAGACCAUAUUAUGUAAUUUAUUUAUUUCAGGGUCCAGUUUAUAAUGUGGAGUUUUUGACAGUGUGAGAACCCACUCACGGUAAUACCGCAGUGUAACACCAGAUGGCACUAAAGUUUUUUCCUUUGGUUUGGUACUGACUCGAGGCAUAACGUGUUUAUAAAAGAGUGAAAAGAAAUGCAAAUCAACAUUUUAAAGCAUUUCUACAUCACUUAAUUAGUUGUACUGUUACUUUCACCACUAGCAAUCUUUCAGGGGGGAACCUAAGCUCAGAACUUUUCAUUUAUUACAUAUGUUACACCAAACAUGGACUUGUUUAUGUCUGAUUACUUAACCUAAGAUGUAUGAUUGUGAUGGUUUUUCAUCAUUUCUGUUUUAUAUUUCUAGUAUGGUAAAUGUAAGAUGCAUAUUACAGCAUGAUGAUUGGAAGUACACAGAGCACUGUGACCUCUCAGGUACGAGCUCAGCAGUGAGAUGGUGUCCUCUGAGCAUCGUGCGUUUGUUUCCUGUCUGGCUGGAUGAGUGCUCUCUGCAGUAAGCCUGUGUCUAGACACCGAUGCUACAUGUUAAAAUUCUGAUAAGCCCUGCAGCAAAGGGGGAGAAGUAAGAAGAUAUUCUCCUUCAUGAGAAGAAGGCAGGUGUGAAUCCCAACAUGCCUACCAGCAUGCUCUGUUCUGAUCUCCACUGCAGCGCCUCAGCUCCUCUGGAGGCCUGUGGAGACGUGUACCGUUGAUGCUCGGAUAUGAAGGCAAUACCUUUGGGCUGAGACUGAGGAUUCAUAUCACUAGCAGGGUGUUGAGCGUGUAUCACCUCACCCAGCUUGUAGUUGUCGUUUUGCGCAGAACUCCGUUGUGUGUAAUAGACCCAGGUGACAUUAGUAUACCGUGCUGCAGUCUUUUUGAUGGAGCUGAAAGAACUUUAGCUAGAGCUUCAAGCUCAACUCCUUCUGACAGACUGGUGCGUGGCCCGUUCUGGCACGACACACGCAUGCAAGCAAAUAGCUUUCGAAGAGUUUAUGUUCUGAAUCAGAGAUCCCUCCACCUUUCUCUGUUUGAUAGUCAGACACUGUGCUAAUUCGCCAAAGAUGAAGGGAGUGGAGGAGGGGCAGCAAACGUGCUGUCAUUAGCGCGCAUCUGGUCUCACUGCUCUUCAAACAGUGCCUCGCAGCUGACUCGGCUCCUCCAACCUGGGAGCAGAAAGUGUAGGGGAAUUUCCGAUAAUGAAUCCAGUGCGAGGCCUGCUUUUAUUAUUUUUUUUGCCAUAACAUCAAUGGCGGUGCCCCGCUGUGCAGGCACGUGGAGUCACAAUCAAACACAUUGGCACAUCAUAACCAAGCAGACAUCUGUUUCCAUGACAGCUGUCUGGAGCAACAUCAGCAUAAGUAACUCCCGCCUCAGAACUUAGCCUGACUGUUUGAUAUCUCUAGUGAAAUAGAGAGGAAGAGAAUUCUGUUAGGAAGGCAGGCUGGUGUGGUGUUUGGUUGCACUAAUGUAGAAAAGGAAGUUUGAAGCAAGCAUGAUCAGAAACCUGAGCGGUGAGUGAACCAAAUCUUGAUGAUCUGUAGAAAAGCUACUUGAGAGGAGAGAGAAGCAAUACAGAUACUGCUAAGGGUUGUGAAGCUUGGUGGGAAUAAAUCUGGGAGGAAGCAAUCUCGGUGCCCCUUCGGCAGCUCUGAGUGAAACAUACAAGAGGUUCGGCUCGGGCCACUUAAUCUGUGUAAAUGCUUUGCUCCGGACCUGUUCUGCCAGGGAUUGUGCUUUUCCCUGCCUGACCUGCAUAUAGCUGUGAGGUGGACUGUUACACACAGAAAUUAAAUCUGACCUUAUUUACCCAGAUUGUUUCAUUUGUUAUUGUUGCACCAUAUAGUGAUAUCUUUGUUGCCAUCUGAUAAUCACACCUACAUGUCUAUUUUGAAUAUCAGAGCCCAGAUGUAGUCUGCAUUUACUGUUCCAGAAUAGCUUUAUACUGGAUAAAAGGGAGUAGUUGUGGAUUUCCUUCUGUGGACACUAUAGCAUUAUUAAGGUAAGGCACAUCAAUGUUUCAGUUCAUCCCAAAGGUAUUUAGUGAGGUUUAAGGGCUCUGUGCAGGUCACUCAUGUUCUUCCACUCUAGCCUUAACAAACCAUACAGAGCAUAUAAAGACCUCAUGCAUAUUUGUGUGCUCCCAACUUUGUAGCACUGAUUUGGAAGAACCAUUGCACAGCUAUUAGAAAUCUUUCUUAAGUUUGAGCCUAUAAUAUGUUUCAGUAAACACUGAUCAGGCAUCAGUGUUGGUCCCGCUUUUGCUGCUUUCCUGACCCAUCGAGCAUUAACAGCAUUAACCUCUUCAGCAAUUUGAGCUAUAGAAGCUUGUCUGUUGUUCAUCGGACCUAACAGUCCAGCCUUCGUGCUCCACGUGCAUCAGUAAACCUUGGCCCCCCAUGACCCUGUAUUAUGCCUAGAUGGUGUAUGUGCAAUGAACGCAUUGGGUCUUCAAGUUCUAUGUGGCCUGCUUGCUGCCUCGCUGUUUGUGAUUAGCUCAUCAAUUCAUCACUCAGGUGAAAUCUGCUGCAUCCAGUUAACAUUGUAAGAAAAAUUCAUCUUACUGCCUGUAAAGUAUUUUGGGUUUAGGGAAGAUUUGAAGGUAAAUUCUGUCUAAAGUCUAUAUACAGUUCUCUGUGUGUGAAAAUCCUUCUGCCCGUCUGGUACCAAUAUCAUGGUUAAAGUCGCUGUGAUUUACAAUUUCCCCCAAUACUGAUGUUUGAUGGGAACAUUACCUGUGUCUGCAGAAUAUUCUGCAUUGUGCUCCAGCCACAUAAUUGGAUAACUGAAUAAAUGUAUUGGUGUUUCUAUUAAC